ACGUGGCAGGAACGGGGGCGGAGCUGAAGCUUCCUAGCGUCGCUCGGCGUCCAUGGCACCGUUUUCAGUCACCGGAAAGAUGAGUACUUCCGCCUUCUGGUCUUCCUUCCGUGGAGGAUCCGGCGGGGCUUAGGCUGCGGUCCGCCAAGCUAGGCUUAGAUUGGGUGCCAUGCGGCGGCUUUGGCCGCCGCCGCCACUGUUGCUUUUGCUGGUGCUGCUUUCGGCGUUCGCGCUGUGCGGAGGAGGAGCGGCGCUUCCCCCGGCUCCCACCGCGAAACAUCUUUCCACAUUGCCGCUCCCUCUGUCAGCAGUGCGGGCGGACCCCGACGAUGUGCCCUCGGACACGCCGGGCGGCAGCGGCUCUUCUGUCGUCGAAGGAGCGCGGGCCGGCGGCGUGAAGGGGAACGACAGCAUGGCCGCCGCGGCCCCCGGCACGCAGGUCAACCAGCCCAUGACCCAGCGCGCCCUUUCGGUGCUGGUCCUGGCCAGCGCUGCCCUCAUCGUUUACUUCGUCAUCCGGACCGUGCGACUUAGACGAAGAAACAGGAAGACGCGGAAAUAUGGUGUUCUGGACACAAACAUAGAAAAUACAGAGCUGACACCUUUAGAACAAGAUGAUGAUGAUGAUGAUAACACAUUGUUUGAUGCCAAUCAUCCUCGAAGAUAAGUAUGUGCCUUGUGGGAAAAUAUUUCAAUUGUGGAGCAACAGAAGAAACUGUUUGGAAGGAACCUAAAGCCAAUAUCAGAGUUGAGAAUAUGAAAUGUAUUAUGACAUCCUUAGUUUGUUGCAAUAAAUACUAACAUUUUAUUGUACCUUUUGUAUAUACAGAAAUAUUGUAAGGUCAAAGCCUAUGGAAAUAGCGCACUAAAUUUCUAAUCUAUUUUCAACAGGGUAUUUUCUGCUUUUAUUAAUUUGUGAUCUUUUUGAAAUUCUUUUGUCGGCCAAUUUUUUUUUUUAUGUAAACUGUGGUAAUUUAUUUGUUUGAACUCCUUGCAGCUAGCCAAAUCUAACCAUGUGUCAGAGGAAUGUAUGUUCUUAGUAAAUUAGAUGUAUACUGAAGCUCUGUGUGAAUGAUGUAAAUAAAUGUUUAUGGUAUUCCUAACAUUC